AUGUCCGGGACGUGCAUCUUCGGUGCCGGGGAAGGUGUUAUGACCCCUAAUUUAAAAGAAAAAUCUGUAAAAGAUUUAAACAAAGAACAAUCAAUAUUUAUAUGGUUUCAACUAUUAACUGAAAUUUUAUUACGACUACCGAAAACAGAAUUAGCUAAAAAGCAAAUAAUGGAUGAAAGUCAAUUAAAUUACAAAAACAAUGAUAUAGAACAAACAGAUAUAUCUGAUUUGUUCACUAAUUAUAAGCCAAAUAUGGCUGUAGAAUGGUAUACACGUGAUACAUUUCUGUUUCGUUUGUUAAACAAAGCAUUUUGUAUUGAAGAUAUAGAUAUGAUCUCUCUAGCUGAAUUAGAAAAAUUCAAAGAUAAUAUCGGUGGACUUUUAGAAAUUAAUACGUUCUUCUCAACGAUAAAGUCAAGUGAAGUUGCUGUUUCUUUUGCUGGUGAUGGAGGUCAACAACCUUUAUUAGAAUCAGAAAUUUUCGAAAUUGAAGUAAAUAAAAAAGUAAUAACAAAAUCGUUUGCUAAUAUUAGACAUUGUAGUUUGAUGAAAUCAGAAGACGAAAUACUUUUUUCAAUGGGUACUGUGUUUCGUAUUGAUCUCGUUGAACAGUAUACAGACAUAUUGUGGUAUGUGAAAUUGAUUCUGAGCAAUGACGAAGAUAAAAGGUUAAAAAUCUUAAUUGAACCUUUUAAGAAGGAUAUUGGAGAUUCACCAACCCUGUUGACAUUAGGCGAAUAUUUAUGGCAAAUGAGUGAAUUUGAUAAAGCAGAAAAAUAUUAUGAAAUUCUACUAAACGAAUUACCAUCAGAUCAUGAACUAAUUGGAAAAACUUAUAAUAAAAUAGGACUGCUGUAUUAUGAAAAAGGCAACUUUCGCCCCAAUAAUCUUGGACUCGUGUAUUACAACCAAGGUGAAUUAGCCUUAGCGCUGAAAAAUUAUCGAAAAACGGACGAAGUCGAAAAAAUUAUUUUGCCGUCAAACCACUCAGAUCAUGCAACAACUCUCUUGAAUAUUGGAAUUGUGUAUGACAAGCAAGGAAACUAUCCAUUAGCAUUAAAGUAUCUUGAGGAAGCAUUGGAAAUAAUGAAAAAUACGCUGCCAGAAAAUCAUCCACAAACUGCUCUCGUGCACAACGAUCUAAGUGCUGUAUAUCGUAAAAAUGAUCAAUUAAAACUAGCUCUGCAAUAUUUACAAAAAGCGCUUGAAAUUCGAUUAAUAUCCUUACUACCUAAUCAUCCCUGGCUUUGUCUCCCUUAUAAUGAACUUGGUUUAACUUAUACUGCACGGGGUAAUCAUGUAGAAGCAAUGAAAAAAAUAUCAAUAUGCUUUAGAUAUCUUAAUCAUCAAACUCCAAAUAUGAAUUUUGCACGGCCAUUUCAAGAAACCACUGUGGUGAAUCCACCACCGAGUGGUGGUGGUGGUGGUGGUGGUGGUGGUGGUGGUGGAGCUGGACAAGGCACGAAACCACCAGAGAAACCCAAGUGA